CUAAUCUUACAAUUUGUGUCACAUUGCCGUAUCAAUGUUUAUGCUCCCUCCCUUUUAAGAAGCACGAAAAAUCUCCCUCUCAAAUCUGACAUUGUCGAGUUUAUCACGUUUACAUAAAUACAUAUCAUAUGCCCACCCAAAAAAGAAAAAGAGCUCCUCACAUAACCUCCUGCUUUCUUGCUUUGAUUCCGUGAUAGGAAUUUUGCUCGUGUGCAAAUGUUUGUGCUCGUUGAUUUCAAAGAAAGAAAAAAAAUAUAGGUCAUUGAACCUGCUACAACCAACGAUACUCCUGCUACUAACAUGGAAAACAAACAGAUAGAUCACGCCCAGCAUUCACAAGAACAGCAACCACAACAACAAAAUGAAAAAGUAUCCACAGCUGUGGUUGAUAAUACCACAGCUGACCCUACUGAUCUUCUCAAUGAUACCAAGGCUGUUGACGGUGAUACCAAAGAGGACGUUACUGCCACCUCUUCUACUGCUGCUGCAACAGAGGCUAGACCUCCUUCUUCUCCAAAGCGCCGCCUUUUCGCUAAUCCAUUUGGGAAAUCAAAGAAGGAAGAGGCCACUACGACUGUAGCAUCCGAUAAGGAAGUUGCCGUUGCUGCUGAUGCUGGUGCUUCACAAGCCCAACCUACCAAGUCGACAAGUACUGGUAGCAAAAAAGAAGAUGAAGAAAAGACUGCUUCAAAAAAGCUAAACAUUGGUUUUGGAACUCUUUUCUCUAGAUCAAAGCUUUCACAAAAGCAGGAAGAAUCUGUACAAGUUAAAGAUACUGCUGCUACAACUACUACAACCAAUGCUACUGAUAAUGAGCCUGUCAUUUCAACUGAGUUACCCAAGAUUGAACAGUUGCAACCUAUUGAAACGGACAUCAAGGUGAAGGAAGAAGGAGAAAGCAACAGCAGUAAGGAAGACAAAAAGGUAGAGCAAGCUGUCAAGGAAUCAGCAACUGAUAUUGUUGAAUCCGUAACUGCUGAGAUUAAUGAGGCUGCUAAGGAAGCCGAAGACACUGUUGCUGAACAAUUGAAUGCUGCUCAUGCCAAACGUCAAUCCUUUAUCAAGCGUCUGUUUGGUAAAAAAAAACCAGAGUCUUCCUCAACCCCUACUACUGAAUCUGAAAAUAACACGGAUGAGGUUCUGGAAGCUGCUCUUGCUGAACAACAAGGUAUUACUGAAGGUACGGAGGGACCAAAGAAAGAUUCAUCAGCUGAUGAUGAUAAUAAUGCUGCUGCUGUUACUCCUGCUGUAUCCACUUCUCGCCCCUCUUCUCCUCUCGGUAGAUUAACAGAAUUGUUUUCCUCAAAGAAGCUUAAAAAGGCAAAGGAAACCACUACUGCUGCUGCUACUACUUCUGCUACUGCUACUGCUACCGCCGCUGGUGCUGACACUGCUGCUAACGAAGACAGCCACAAACAACAAGAAGAAGAAGCUAGUGCUACUGCUGCUGCUGCUGCAAAAGAUAGUAAAGAAGAGACCCAUGAAGCGGACGAAACCGAAAAAGAUAUGAAUAAGAAGGAAGGAAGCGAACCUAAUGCUACCGAUAUGGCAGCUGCUUCUACCCCUGCUGCUGUCGUUGUAUCUGCAUAAAGAAGUUAUGAUGUUUGAUUCAUAUGUAAGCUUCUCUCAAUCACGCAACCAUCUUCUUUCUUCCUACUUUUUUAACAGUCCCGUGCUAACUAAUCUCUAAUCGAAAAAUGUAUAACUUUCUUUUUUCUUCUCUUGCUCAUCUAUCUCCCUCUUCACUCACUCACUUAGUUUCUUACUACUAUUACUAAUACUAUUAUUAUAGCGUACAUAAAUCCUUGAAAGAAGACAUAUUCUUAAUUUCUUAGCAAAUUUGUCACUA